GUUUAGUACAGAAUUUCUUAUCAAUAAGGUGACGGAUUUUCCCAGGGCUUAAUACCUCUCCUGGAGAGAUUACGCUGCACUUGAGAUCUCUCAAAGAUCAGCUUUGUGACUUUUAUAGCUCAGUAGCUAGCUGAUCGUGACAACAAUCGGACGAUGCAAGCUGUGUUUUCUGAGAAGCUGUUUCAACUGAAAGUAAUCUUGUGGCUUCUAACCGCAUGCUGGGUGGUUGCUCAAGAUGAGGAUAUUGUAAGAACUUGUACUGACUACAAAACAAGCCUGUUUGUGGAAACCCAAGAAUUCAGCCUGCUUUACGAGGGGGCACCGAUUAUCAGGAAGACCCGGGACAAGUGCAAAGCCUAUGCACCCGUAAUCAUUGGUGGGGCACCUGCUAUUCCCAAGGAAUUUCCUCAUGCCGCCAGACUGGGACAUCGUGACGAUGAAGGCAAAGUUAACUGGUUUUGUGGUGGAACACUUAUUAGUAACCGGCACAUUCUAACGGCAGCACAUUGCGUCUUAAGUUUUGAGGGAACUAUUAACAUUGUCCGUCUAGGAGAACUGGAGUUCGAUAACAAUAAGGAUGAUGCCCAACCUGAGGAUUUUGGCGUCCAAUCCCGGAUUGUACAUCCCGGAUAUGAUCAUCCGGUCAUCUAUGACGACAUCGCCAUAUUGAAGCUGGAUAGAAAUGUGACUUUUAAUGAGUACAAGCACCCGGCGUGUUUGCCCUUUACGGAUGGACGAAAGAGUUCCAGCUUUAUCGCCAUUGGUUGGGGACAGACCGCGUUGGUGCCACGUCGUGGCUCUGAGAGUAGCAAAAUAUUGAAAAAAGUUAAACUAUUCAACUUUAACACUCGCUGCAAGCUUACGGCGGAGAUAAACGAGGAACUGCCAAAUGGCUAUAAUGCUUCUAGCCAAAUUUGCAUUGGAUCCCAUGAGUCAAGCCAAGAUACUUGUAACGGAGAUUCCGGAGGGCCGGUUCUGACCAUUCACAAGCAAUAUCCUUGUAUGUACCACGUAGAGGGGAUUACCUCUGUUGCCGUGGCCUGCGACACUCCCGAUUUCCCGGGGAUGUACACCAGGGUUCAUUAUUAUCUGGACUGGAUCAAGAAGGAGAUGGCCAAGCCGUAAUAAAUAAUGGUGAACUAUAUCAUUAAAAUUCCAAUUAUAGAUUAGAUUAGAACAAGGGCUUAGAACUUUUUAUGAAAAUAAAUAAUCCGACAAAGUUGCAUAUAAACAUUA